UGUGUUUGUGUCGAUCAAACGAAAAAUCGUGUGCGUAGGUCUUGACACCGUCCUUCCGUAGUGCCAUAUCGAAAUAGUCCAUUUACUGGCAACGUGUCUGAAUUUGUGACAAGGGCGCCACCUUGCCACCUGCCUACGGCGAGCGGAGAGUUCUGACCGAGCGAGCGAGCGACAACUACCCGACUCGUUCCACGUGUGUCUAACAACCCAGCCAAUACGCGUCACGCGCAGACAAUUUCCGCUUGCGUUUAGCGUUCCUUGUUUCAUGUGCAACAAAAGUGCGCAGUGUAUCGCCUUCAGAGUUUCAUUAUAGGCUUCCAUCUCGACUAUGGCACGCAAAAAUUAACAAAAUAUCGAAGACUUUUUUGUUGGUUAGCUGAAGACCAUAAAACCGAUACCGAUACUUGAAACGAUCACACGCAGCAGCUACUGAAAUAUUGUGCCGUGGCGUCAUGAGUUCGUCAUUGCCUCACGUCUACGGUCGUAUUAAGCUCGAGGAGGAUGCUUUCAUCUCAUGCCACCAUUGCGAUUUUACGUCGUACACGUUUAAAGGCUUCAGCCUACAUCUUCGAAAGGUGCACGGCAUGUCGCUGACAGGAAAGCCCCCUCGCCGAAACAAACCUCGACCCCCAAAAGCCACAGCUUCUAUUGAGGGCACGACAUCUGAAAAUAACACUGUCGCGCCUGGCCCCCUGCCCGUAACUGGACUUCAACAACUUGCGAACACAAUGAACAGCUCAACGUCGUCUACGUCCUCAUCGUCCGUGAUUCCUGAAGCAGCCGUUGAGGCAGGGUCUCAAGGGCCGGUUGAGCCUUCGAUGGCAGACGCCUGCGUACCAGCCGCCUCUGUUCAUGUAGUCAGUCAACAAGAGGAGAUGAUUAAACGUCUGGUCGCCAAACGUGAAGCGGCACGAGUUCGUCGCGCAGUUCGCCGGGGUCUGCGGAUGAGACCCAGUUAUGGAGAUGGAUCCUCAGGCGUUCUUCCAGGUCACAUCGAAGUGAGCUUUGCCUGCGACCGCUGCAAUUUCACUGCCACAAACAGGAAAGACUUCCAGACACACGUCACGCAGCGUUCCUGUCACUGAGACGAGGUUUCUGCUCAUGUGAUUAGAAAUCGUUAAAUGCGAACCGGUGAGGGAAGGCGUUAGCUUUGACGACUCGCAGCUUCAGGUAUCUCCGUUUAGCGCACCGUCCAUGGACACCAAGAAAAGAAAGCAGCUAUAAAUAUUCAGUGGGUAAAGUUCCAUGGCAUUCCACCAAAAUCACUAUGAGCUACUGAUACGGCAGCCUCGCAUUGCUUCUGCUAUAGGUCAUAUAUGAUAAUAUUUUUUUUUGCAAGAGUUUCACGCGAGAAAAGCUCAAACGACCUAGCAAAUGUGCUUCGUACUAUAAGACCUUUCGUGCUCUGGGUCGAUGCUAUAUCUGUUAAGUGCGAAAUUAUGGAGAAUGUGUUGUAUUUACAUGCUACACUUUUUCAUUAUUUAUUUACGUAUGAUUUUUUUUUUUAUUAAUUUUUUGUGUUCGAGCGACAAGAUGUUUG